AACGUAUCAUCAUUUCUCCACCUGAAAAACAGUUAUAAAGGACAAUUACACAUUCAUGUAACGCUUCAAAAGCAGACGUAUGGACAGAAUUUCCCCAUCCCUGAUUGGUCCGUAAACUCCACGCGCAUGGCUCCCCCCCUCCCCCCCCCCCCCUCUCUGGCGGCAUAACUUCACCACCUCGCCACUCCUCAUUCUCAUAGUAACCAAUCACCACUUAACCUGUUCAAAACCCUAGGUUCGCUAUAAUCGAGUUCGAAUUCGAAAUAUAGUUCUUUUUGCAGCUCGACAAACUUCUGUUGUUUCUGCGCCGGUCAAGUUGUCACUCGAUAAACAAUGGGAGCUUGGACAGACGAAGAGAUCGUUCAUCUCUACUUCAAUUCUUCUCAUGAUCGCCGUUUCUCCAAGCACGUUCAUGACAAUGUCCAUGGCAACAUCUAUCUGGACCAGCUGUCAUUGAAAUUCAUUGAUACGGAACAGUUUCAGAGACUGCGUGAUCUAAAGCAACUUGGUCUAACGAACAUGGUUUACCCAGGAGCUGUGCAUUCUCGGUUUGAGCAUUCACUUGGGGUUUAUUGGCUUGCAAGUGAAGCCGUUCAUACAAUUAAAACUCACCAAGGCUUGGAGCUUGGUAUUGAUCGUUUUGACAUACAAAGAGUGAAACUUGCUGGACUACUGCAUGAUGUUGGCCAUGGACCAUUCAGCCACAUGUUCGAGCGCGAGUUUCUUCCUCGGAUUUUUAAUAACCUCGAAUGGUCUCAUGAGGACAUGUCUCUGAAGAUGAUAGACCACAUUGUGAGUGCACACCAUAUUGACAUUGACUCUGAGAAUCUUAAGAAAGUGAAGGAAAUGAUUGCUAGUUCAGGACAUGCUUCAAAAAGAAAUGUGAACGAAAAGCAGUUCUUAUACGAUAUAGUUGCAAACAAUAGGAAUGGGAUUGAUGUUGACAAGUUUGACUAUAUUGUUCGUGACUCACGAGCAUGUGGUCUAGGCUGCAAUUUCCUGUUUGAAAGGUUAAUGGAAACCAUGAGAGUUAUGGGUGAUGAGAUAUGUUACCGCGCAAAGGAUUACCUUACGAUUCACAAGUUAUUUGCGACUCGUGCUGAUUUGCACCGAACAGUCUAUACACAUGCAAAAGUAAAGGCAAUUGAACUCAUGUUUGUAGAUGCGCUUUUGAAGGCAAACGAUUACCUACACAUUUCAGAUGCAAUUUUUGAGCUUGAUAAAUUUUUGCAGAUAGAUGACUCAAUCAUGAAAAUAAUUGAAACCUCUAGUGCCCCAGAGCUCAAGGAGUCAAGAGAUUUGAUUUUACGUAUUCGAAGAAGGGAUUUAUAUCAGUUCUGCAAUGAAUUCUCUGUUCCCAAAGACAAGCUAGAGCACUUCAAAGAUGUCACUCCCAAAGAUAUUGUUUGUUCCCAGAAAUCUAGUGGCGUCACGCUUAAAGAAGAAGAUAUCGCUGUCAGCAAUGUUAGGAUUGAUUUGACUCGUGGAAGGAAUAACCCUUUAGAAAGCAUCAAAUUUUUUAAGGAUUAUGAAAGCGAUGAAAAAUUCUUCAUACGAGAUGAUCGUAUUAGUCACUUGCUGCCGGCAUUUUAUCAAGAUAUGCUCGUAAGGGUGUAUUCCAAGAAAGCUGAACUGGUGGGAGAAGUUUCUGAUGCAUUUGAGAACUUUCAGCUGAGGACAUAUGGAAUGAAAGCACAAGUCCAUGCAACCCCUGAGAAGAAGAAACACCGGGGGAAGUGAGUACUUGCUGUCUUACCUCCGCUCCACCAUCAGCUGGAGCUGGUACGUACAUGGAUACGGUACAUACAGCUUAUAGAAAACUGCAAAGAAAAAUUGCCCUACAGAAUACUGCAAAGAAAAUUACCCUGAGCAAAUAUGUUAUUCUGUAUUCCCGCACUUCGCUCUCAUAUACAGAGGCAGACAUCUUACAGUUGGACAAUCUCAAUAGUACUUAUUCCCCUUGCUGAAAGUAGUUGUAGUCAAAAUUUUCGUUAUAGUUGACUUAGGAAUACCGCUUGAUGUUUAUGGGUGAUGUGUACAUUCCUUAGUUUGUGACUGAAGAAUUCGUUAUAGUAGACUUUCUACUUCGUUUAGAACCAAGGAAAAGUAGCCACCUGGGAUGACAGAAGUUUCCUUGAGCUUCUUCUGAAAGUAUGUAUUAAAAUGACAACAUUAGUUGGGGAUACUUUCUGCUGUGUUGAAAUACAUUUAUAUUUUUUAAAGGAAGGUUAAAAUUUUGAAC